GCUGCUGGUGAGCUCCUCCGCUUUCCUGCCGAGUUUCGAAACGGCCACGCGGACAAGCACGCGGCGCGCGCAGCAAUGGAGAACUUGAAUGGCUUGCUCCCAGAUCUUACUGAAGAGCUGCAAGACGUUUUUCGGGGUGCUUUUACUGCUGAUGCCAAUUACUUGGGGAACCAUGAGAAAAUGAAUCAGUCCUUCUGGGAAUCACUCGUAAAAUGUUUAGCCACCACUGACCCAGCUAUCCUGAAUACUGAAGAAAAAAACACUCUGCUCAACAGAUGCAAUGUCCUGCCUGGAGGCUGUGCAGCCUGCCUGAAAGUCAUAGGGAAGAAAGGAGCCAGGGCAAUGGCUGUUCUUUACCUCUUGCUGAAGACAACCAACCCAUCUGGAUAUAGGCAGCUGCCCAGCUCCAAGGGAAAGGAUGAAAAACUGAAAUUCCUGAAGAGAUGGGAAAGGAAUUUCAUGCUUUCACAAGGGAAAAAGAAAGGUGAAAGUUCAUCCCAGGAGUCUAUGGAUGAAGAUCCACAAGGUAUACCAGGGGAGGUUGUUCCCUAUGGAGAUUCAGAGAUAACCAGAAGAGAAGACGCAAUUGCAGAUGCAUAUGAGAAUGACAGCACUCACCUCCCUCAGCGGACCGGAUGGUGGAUGGGCAUACGGAAGGAUGAUGAAUUCUUUCAUUUUGUCAUUCUUUGCUUUGCCAUUGGAGCUUUACUAAUUUGUUAUUACUACUACAAAGAUUGGACUAUUUCUCUUGGAAUUGGUUUAAUCACCUUUGCUUCCCUGGAAACCAUUGGGAUAUACUUUGGUCUAGUGCAUCGAAUUCGGAGUGUACUUCACAGUUUUGUUCCUCUGAUUGCGAAAAUCAGGCCAACAGGUAUGAGGAAAGUUGCCUAGGAGGAGUAUUUCAGGGGAGUUCCACAGAUCCCUGCUGUCUGCAUUUCUAGUAUUAAAAGAACUGUUUUAUGAGAGGCAGUCAUAAAAACUUGAUGGCUAUUAUAAAAUAUUGAAAUAUUAAACCAUAGAAACAUGUCAUUCCCUCCACUCAAAAAUAAACCUACAACUGUGGUACUGAGUCCUUUUCUUCUGAAGUUGUCCAUGGCUCAGCAGAGCUCAUUAGACAAUCUAGGUUUAUAAAUCAAUUCCGUGUGUUUUAAUACAUCACAUUCUCCUUCCUUCCCCCAUGCACUCAUGUUAGUCUGGUCACGGUUUAUCAAAAAAUCAACAAAAAGUUCUAAAUUAUCCUCAGCUGGUUCUAGAUUAGGCUCUGGAUGUUUCAAUAGGAAUCUUGGCACUCGCAAAGCCACCUCCUCCUCACCCCUUGUGAUGCUGCAAACCAGGCAAACACCAGCUGCUUGCUUACACAGCUGAGCCCCAACAGUGCAAUAGCACUGAAGCAGAUUAAUUUGUUGUGGCAGAACUCAAUAUAGUGGGUGUAUAAUGAUUUCACCCAGUGAAAGCUGGGUGAGAUUUUACAUGUAGUGACAUAAUUGUACAAUAAUGAAAUUAUUAUUGGCAGCAAAUUUCAUCUCUUCUGAGGGGAAAAAGAAAAUGCUUGAUCCUACCGAUCCUCCACUUUUUUUUUUUCUUCUGGUAAAAUAAAGUGCAACGUUGCCAUUCCUGUCAUUUUAUAGGGAUCUCUUACAUGUGUUUAUGCAGGGCUAAGUGCAGUCAUAAACAGACUGGAAAAAAAAAAGAUACCUUUAAUACCAAGUUGUGCGCAGAUCUGCACCAACACAACAGAACAGUUAUCUAAACAUGUCAGGGGACAUGCUACUAAAUUUAGCAAUAGAUAUGAAUACAAGUUGUUUUGUAAUAUUUAUAUUCUCAUUUACAUGUACUAUAUAUAUGUCUUUGUAGAAAUCUUCUGUCAUACCAAAAUACUGCAUAUUUUUUACUCUGAAAAUAAAGUCUUGCUCAGACCAGUGUAACGCUGUUAGUGUCAAGUGGCUUUUGUUUGAACUGAACACUGCGUAUAGUCACCCUGCUCUGAUGACAAUAGCUUCUUCAGUUUCUUCUGCUGUAUAACAUCUUUCAGAAAGGUAGUUUGUGGGAAUAGUCAGGAUGAUGAAAACAUACUUUAGUACUACAUACGCUUUCAGAUUUUCAAAUUUGGUACAUUGCAAUCCAGAGAAUAACCACCUUUUUUUAAACAACCAGAAGCCACUUAAGGAUAACAUAGAAGUAGCAAAACAUAUCAAACACUGGAACCAAUCAUGUGAGGUGAACAGCUCGUCCAACUCAGAGCAACUCGCAUGAGAACAGUUAGUUCUAUGGAAAAAGCAACUUACGUUUAAGUCACAUCCUCUCAGGUAGUGGAGAAGUUCCUGCUGUUCCUUCAGAUCCUCCUUCCUAAGUCUCUCUCAGCGUUCAAAAUGCUCCUGCCUCUUGCCCAAUGCAAUGCUGUGAUUCUGGUCUCCCUUCUUACCCUCGUUGCAACACUGCCCAAGCACCCAAAAAUAUGAUCAUAGUUCCUAAGAUGGCUAUCUGUCCCCUUAAUAAGCACAAGGCUCACAUGAGCCACCAUUCUCCGAAGCCAGCAAGUCCUCCCAGAGCCGAUGGCUCACCAUUCCUACAGCCCUGUUGGUCCUCCACCUUCCUCUGUAGGCUCCCCAAGAGUUGCUGCUGCAUCUGCUUCCACUACACUCACAUCAUGCAGCACAUGGAGUCCUCCUCCUUCCAUUUUAUAUAUCUGGAGGGGGGCAGUGCAGAAAGGAAGAAUUGAAACAAAGGCAUUAGCCACCCUCUUCCUGCAACAUCUAUUCCUGCUUUUCAUUAUCCCAUCCAGUGCCUCAUGUAUGUAUCCAGAAAAGGGGCUAGUGAGCUCUUCUGGCAGUAAAGGAAGAAUUCCAUUUUUCACCUAACUUCUCUCAAGACAGAAUUUUAAUCUUCAGCAGUAAGUUGGACCAAACAUCAAACAAAGGAGUUACUCAAUUCAUUUCAUGCUCCUAUGCUCACUACACAACUUCCCUGCUGAAGUAGCCCACUUAGACCUUUACAGAGAACAUUCCACCACUUCCAAACUAGAGCUCAUAGUAGGAGAGGUUAGUUGCAAAGUACAAAACCUUCCUGCUGCACAGCAGGUAGACAAAAGAUGGCUGCCCAUCAAUUUCCAAAUAACCUAAAAGGUCUCUUUC